AUGGAUUUGUUGGCAGUAGUUGCUAAAUAUUUACUAGAAAAGCAAGGGAGUAGUAUAGGUAAAGAAGAUGUCAAGAAUAUCCUUGAAGAUUUAAAAGAGAGAAAACUUUAUAGGUCUAGAAGUGAAGUUAUUUCUCAUACUACUUUGGAAAGUAAAAUUAGUCAAUUAUGCUACUUCAUGAUCGGUUAUCAAGAUGGAAGUAGGAAAAACUUUAUUUUUAGCCCUCUCGGAAAACUGUAUUUAGAUAAUUUUUACACUAGUGCUAUCAAUCGGUCUUAUGUUUUUUUAACUUUGUUGUUUUCCAUUCAAUAUCCUCAUCCUCACAGCACAAGUCCAAAUUAUCAACUUUUCCCUUUUAGAAUGAUUUUUAAACUGUUAACUGAUAGUAGACUAGGGAAUAUGCUGUAUAAUUACGAGAUUUUUAUGUUUGUAAUGAGAACUAGAAGUAAUGAUUUAGCAACAUAUGAGAAUCUAAUUCAAGAGAUUUUAAAAUAUCGGUCUAAAAAUGAUGGAGAGAUUGAAGAAUUAAUUAAGGAUAAUCAACAUGAAUAUAAAAACACUAAUCCAACUAAAAGAACCUACAUCAAGAAAGCAAUAACUAUAAAUAGCAAUUAUCUAAAUUUUUUUGAUGAAAAACCUAUUCAAUUGGAUGACCCCAAUUCUUUAAAAAUUGAAAAUGUAAAGUUAAUUUACUCUAAACUCCCUAAUAAUUUAUUAGAUUAUGGAGUAGUAGAUAAAGAAAAUAAAAAAGAUAGAGAACUAUUUGAAAUUCCUAGGUUAAUUGUUUCUCAUUCCCAAAAUAUUGAAACUGGUUCUAGUAAACAAUUUGAAGAGGUAAUCGAAAAAGCAAUGAACUUGUUUUAUGAUGUCAAAGCACAAAGGAUAAGUGGAGCAGGCAAUACAGAUAUAGAGUGCUUAUACAUUCUUUCUGAAAAAGAUAAGCAGAAGUUUAACGUUGAUGCUAAAUCUACUGCUAAAAAGUUAAUUCAAAUUAAUCCUGGCAGACUUAAACAACAUAUUGCUAAAACUAAUGCUAGAUACUGUAUAGUAAUAACUCCUGAAUAUACCCCUAGUGCUAUUAAAGAUAUUCAAGGAGAAAACAUCGGUAUUCAUGAGAUUAUUGAUAAUAACUAUGGAGAAGAUAUUUCUCAAAAAGUUUAUGACCUAACCUUUAAAACUUAUGGGAGUGGAAAUGGAGGAGGUGUAGCAAAAAGAGAACAAGUUAAAUGUUUUAACAAUCUAGAAUAUGUAAUGGUUAAAAAAAUAAGUCGUAUUGUUUAUACUGAUAAAAGCCCUUAUGAGAAGAAGAUUGAUUUGUUUAAUUUCUUAAAAGAUUUAGAUUUAGGAGAAUUAGAAGAAGGCAAGAAUAAAAAGAUUAAUCUUUUGCUAUUAGGCAGAGUUUAUAAUGAAUUAGCUAAACAAAAUUUAAGAGAAUAUAAGAAGUUAGAAGGUGAUAGUCAGAAUGAAAUUAAAUAG